UAAAACUUUUUGGGGGCUUCACAGUUUCGCCGCCCGCGCUGGAGCUGCUGCCGCGCGCUGUGCAGGGAGGCGCCGGGCGAGGAGAGCAUGUUCCCCGGGCGGAGCUGGGGAUGGGCGCUGCUGUGGGCGCUGCUGGGGCAGGCCGUGCCCGGGGGCUGCCUGCCCCGCGGGGGGCUGCUCUUCCCCUUCGGCGCGGAGCGGGGUGACGCGGAGCUGGAGCUCGGGGACGACGUGAGCUCACCGCCCCUGGAGCUCAGCACCCCGCUGCGCUUCUACGGCUCCAGCGUCGGCUCCCUCUACGUGGCCACUAAUGGGAUCAUUGCAGUGAAUGAACCAUCAAAAGAAGAAGAAUACCUUGAUCAGUUCCCACUCAGUUUUGGAGCUAUUGCUCCAUUUUUGGCUGAUCUGGACACUACAGAUGGACGUGGGAAGGUGUUUUAUAGAGAAGAUUCAUCCCCUGACAUCUUACAGCUUGCUGCAGGCCAUAUCCAACGAGGUUUCCCGGAGACCAAUUUUGAUCCAAGCAGUGUUGUCAUUGUUACCUGGACGUUUGUGGCUCCUUACCAUAUACCUGGAGAAGUCCCCACUCUGGAAGGCAAGAGAAACACAUUCCAGGCUGUUUUAGCCUCUUCUGAUUCCAGUUCCUAUGCUGUUUUCCUUUAUCCAGAAGAUGGUUUGCAGUUCUACAGUUCACACUCCAAGAAUGCUGAGGAAAAGAUUCCUGCUACAGUUGGCUUUAGUCAAGCCGCUACAAACUACUACUUGUGGAUAAAGCCAGGAUCCUACAAUACAGUUGCUAAUGAUGAAGAGUCGAUCAGAAACCUGCAUGAGAGCAGCAAUUCUGGAAGGAAAGGAAUCUGGGUUUUUGAGAUUGGUAGCUCAUCUAAUAGCAUUGUGCCUGCGAAAAUCAGCUACAGUCCAGAAUUUGGUGAUGAUGAACAGUAUCAGGAGGUGACCUCAAAACCAGCUGUAUUGCAUCAUGACUCGGUUGAAAUAAGCCCGCAACAGGUACCAUAUGAUGUUCCCAGCAGAAGAGAGGAUCAGCAACAUAUUACAUAUAGAAUUCCUCAGUCAGCUUCAGAAGAUGACUUACAACAACCACACAAAGCUAUAACAACAGAGACACCUCCAAGAGAAUCCUUUUUCAAUCAGCAGCCAGAACUCUCAACUGGGAAAACGCCGCCUCAGUUUCAGGUCCACCAGUUCCCUCAGCAGUAUCCUCAGGUUAUAGAUGUGGAAGAUAUUGAGGAAACUGGGACUGUGUUCCGUUAUCAUACAGAUGUCCAACAGACCUGUGCUAACAACCGUCAUCAGUGUUCCGUUCAUGCUGUUUGCAGAGACUAUCCAAAUGGGUAUUGUUGCAGUUGUAUUGCUGGUUACAAAGGAAAUGGCAGGCAAUGUGUAGCAGAAGGUUCUCCUCAGCGAGUGAAUGGGAAAGUGAAAGGGAAAAUCUUUGUAGGAAGUAACCCAGUUCCAGUUGUAUUUGAGAACACUGACCUCCAUUCUUACGUUGUGAUGAACCAUGGGCGAGCAUACACUGCUAUCAGCACUAUUCCAGAGGUGCUGGGAUAUUCCCUACUUCCUCUUGCUUCUGUUGGAGGUAUCAUAGGAUGGAUGUUUGCUGUGGAGCAGCAAGGAUAUAGAAAUGGAUUCAGUAUUACAGGUGGUGAAUUUACACGGCAAGCUGAAGUUACCUUCCUUGGCAGUAAUGAGAAGCUGGUUAUCAAGCAAAAGUUCAGUGGAAUUGAUGAACAUGGUCAUCUUACAAUCAGCACAGAAAUGGAGGGCAAAGUACCCGAGAUCCCAUUUGGUGCAUCAGUACACAUAGAACCAUACAAUGAGCUCUAUCACUCUUCUAGUUCUGUGAUCACAUCAUCUUCUACCAGGGAGUACACAGUGACAGAACCAGAACGAGAUGGGAUUGCUCCCUCCUACACUGUAGCCUACCAGUGGCGACAGACCAUCUCAUUCAACGAAUGCAUUCAUGAUGACUCACAUCAUGCUAUUUCUGCCACACAGCAGCUAUCAGUAGACAGUGUCUUUGUCCUGUAUAAUAGAGACGAACAAAUUCUGCGAUAUGCUAUGAGCAACUCAAUUGGCCCAGUCAGUGAUGGGUCUAUCAGCCAGAAUCCUUGCUACACUGGUACCCAUGGUUGUGACACCAAUGCAGUAUGUCGUCCAGGAACAGGAAAUCAGUUCUCCUGUGAAUGCUCUGUAGGCUUCCGUGGAGAUGGACGUGUUUGUUAUGAUGCUGAUGAGUGCUCAGAGCAACCGACAAUCUGUGGCAGCAAUGCAGUCUGUAAUAACCAGCCAGGAACUUUCCGAUGUGAGUGUGUUGAUGGCUAUCGGUUUUCAGAUGAUGGACGGACUUGUGUGGCUGUUGAACAUGUUAUGAACCAUUGUGCGAUGGGCACACACAACUGUGAUAUUCCUCAGCGUGCCCAAUGUGUGGAUGUUGAUGGCUCUUCUUACAUCUGCACAUGUCUAGAUGGCUUCUCUGGAGAUGGACGCUCCUGUGUAGAUGUAGAUGAAUGUCGUCAGAACCGCUGUCAUCCAAAUGCUUUCUGCUACAACACUCCUGGGUCUUUCAGUUGCCAGUGUAAGGCAGGUUAUCGUGGGGAUGGUUUCCAGUGUGUGUUAGGAGAACUGGAGAAGACUAAAUGUCAGCGUGAACAAGAACAAGCUUUGGCUAGCAGGGGCUCUUCCUACCCACAAAGGCCCAUACUCGUUGGUCAGUUUGUUCCUCAGUGUGAUGAGCACGGGAAUUACCAACCAACUCAAUGCCAUUCUAGCACUGGGUAUUGUUGGUGUGUGGAUAGGAAUGGUAAUGAGAUUGAUGGCACCAGAACUGGACCAGGAAUCCGACCCCCAUGUCUGAGCACAGCUGCUCCUCCUAUUGCUGUUGGGCCCUCUGUUCGACCAGAUUCAAUUCCUCUGCCCCCAGGAACACACUUACUCUUUGCCCAAAGUGGGAAGAUUGAACAUGUCCCACUGGUGGAAAAUAGUAUGAAGAAAACUGAUGCAAAAGCUUUACUGCAUGUUCCAGACAGUGUUGUUAUUGGAGUUGCAUAUGACUGCAUGGACAAGAUGGUUUACUGGACGGAGAUCAGUGGCCCUUCCAUUAGUAGAGCCAGUUUGCAUGGUGGGGAGCCAACAACCAUCAUCAAAACAGACUUGGGAAGUCCCGAAGGAAUAGCAAUAGAUCAUCUCGGUCGCAACGUUUUCUGGACUGACUCUCACCUCGAUAGAAUAGAAGUGGCCAGGCUGGAUGGUAGCCAGCGCCGAGUGCUGUUUAACACUGGUCUGGUGAACCCCAGAGCCAUAGUAGCAGAUUCUGUGAGAGGAAAUCUUUACUGGACUGACUGGAACAGAGAUGCUCCUAAAAUUGAAACUUCAUACAUGGAUGGCACAAACAGAAGGAUUCUUGUUAAAGAUGAUCUGGGAUUACCAAAUGGUCUGACAUUUGACACUUACUCCUCAAUGCUGUGCUGGGUUGAUGCAGGCACCAAGAGGGUGGAAUGUAUGAACCCCAGUCAGCUUGGUCGACGAAAGAUCCUUGAAGGAGUCCAGUAUCCUUUUAGUAUUACAAGCUAUGGGAAGAAUUUAUAUUACACAGACUGGAGGAGGGAUGCUGUUAUAGCUGUGGAUCGCACAAUUUCAAAAGAGAACGAUAACUUCCAGCCCCACAAACGCGCACGUCUUUAUGGAAUAACUACAGCUUUUGCUCAGUGCCCACAAGGGCAUAACUAUUGCACAGUGAAUAACGGAGGCUGUACUCAUUUAUGCCUGGCUACCCCAGGAGGCCGUUCUUGCCGCUGCCCUGACAACACAGUUGGAGUGGAUUGUAUAGAAAGAAACUGAGAGCUAAACCAGGAAAUGUGUUAGAACAGAGUCUCCCUUUGGGAAAGUACUGUAAAUAGUUCACAGCUAUCGGCAUAAAAUGAAGACAGUAAAGAUAAGCUCCAUGCUGCUUACAGGGGGCAAGCCACAACACAUAUACCAUAGCACAGCAUGGUGGCAUUCAGGUAAGUCUGUGCUGCCCAGGGAGGGUCCCACUCCCUGCAGCAGUACCUUCUUGCCUUUAAAGAGGAGCUUGGGGGCUCAUUUGCUCCUGUGCUGGGCUCUGAACCUCCCAGUGAAAUUAUUGUACACUGUGUUUUAUGGUGUGUCUCAAAUCCUGAGGUGCAUGAGAGCUUGGAAUUUUGAGCACCACUGACUGCUAUGCAUUGGAGCACACAACGAUUCAGCUACAAAAUGGAAUGCUGUAGCCCAGCAUAGGUGCAGCUGGGUUGCAAAUUCAUCUUAGUUAGGCAGUAAGUCUGGGAUCCAAAGGAUGGUCAGUGGGUGCGUGAGAACGUCCUUUGGCAACAUGAACUCCACAAUGCUUCAAUACACCCCCCUCCCCCCCCCCCCAGUUGCCAAAGCCCUUAUAUGUUAAAGCUACUCUCUCAAACCUUUUCUUUUUUGGCUAUUGAUAAUGUUCGGGAAGUUAACCAAUAUGCUUUAGCACAGGGAUAGCUCCUGUACUGGUUCAUGUUACCUCUUCAUACGGUGUGCAAUCAUCUUAAUACCAGCAAUACUUUAGCGGGUAUUGUGAAAUUUUCCCUGGAUUUUCCCAAAAGAGGUUUAUUUUUUGUCUUGCUAGUGGACACUUAUUGAAUAGCUUUUGGAUAUCUCCAAAGUUGAGACCCGGGAUACAAAUCCCAAUUACUCAUCAAAGAAUAGCGAUUGAUUGGUGUUGUGUUUUUAAAGGGACACUGUCAAGUAUUUUUUAAAAUAGUGUUUACAUUUCCUAUUUUUGUGAUACUAUUUUAUAAGCUUGAAAAUGACACUUCAAUUUUGCCCUACCGAUUUUUUUUCUUUGUGACAAACCUGGAUAUUUUAUUUUCUUACAGACCAUGAACAACCAUGACAGUUGAGUAUUUGUUAGGCAACACUUUUGACAAUCUCACAGUGCUUAAAAAAAAAAAAAAAAAAAAAAGCCCUGUUCAUGUGUCAGUUUACAGUAAGGACAAAACAUCUGUGCUGGAAAUCAAUGUGAAGAUGGAGCGUGUCUCCACUGACAGCAAUGUGUGCAGAGCAGUUAGGAAAAUCCAGCACAGAUUUCAUAAGAGAUUACACAUUGUAAUGAUAAAACACUUUAAUAAGCCUUGCUUCAGCAGACCAUUUCUGGGAACAGGAUUUAACUUUUGCUCCUGCUGCUCCAGGCAGGGUAGCUUAUCUGCAGUAGAAGAACCAAAUGUGAUUGUGAGAGUCAUGUAUCUAAAUAUCUGUCUUUAUAAUCUCUUGGUCAUGAUAAAUUACAAUAAAAAACCCCAGGCUAUAGUUAAAAAAACUGAGGCCGUUCUCCUCCAGAUUAUAACAUUGCUAUAACAGAGCCAAUUUUGAGCUUGAACUAUCUAUUUCCUUUUUAAUUAUGUAUUUAUCACAAAAAUAUCAAAUGCCAUAUAGAAUGUUAACGUUUUUUGUGUAACUUUUAAUAACUUUUAAUUCAGUGUAUUCAUAUACUUUAAUGUCUUAAAACUGUAAAUAUCAAAAAUGUGUUGAAAUGAAGGUGCUUAAUAACUAUUCCUCCAGAAUUAUUCAAAUAUCAGGUGAUACAUUAAAGUUUACACUCUGUACAGCUAUUUGUAGUACAGCCAAUAAAGAAUGUUUUUGUAUAAAAA